UAAUUUUGAAAGCGUAAGGAUUAAUUUUGAUCAUCGAAGCAGUUGAACGCGUGUAAUAACAAUUAUUUACAACAACAAAUAGAGCGUGUUUGGUGCCCGUAAAACCUUUCGCAAGAAAGGGGUCAAUAAAAAAACAACAACUGAAAAAAAAUAAAUAUAUUUAAUGGCCUUUAGUUAAAUGUCAUGAAUUACCAAUAAUUUGCAAUUCACUAUAAACGGAUACUUGUAAUAAAACGAAAAAAAAACAACAACAUUAAAUCAAACAUUUUUACUGUAUUAAAGCAAAUCAAAUGUCCUCUUAAGAAAAAUUACUUUCUUCCUUAAUAAUGUAAAAGUGUGUUUGAAAUCAAAUAAUUAUCAUUUGGAAGAAAAAAAAUAUAAAUAUAAUAAAAAAUAUUUAUAGGCGAUUCUAUAGAUUGUCCAACCAAAGUACAUGUAUGCGUUCCGUACACAGCAGUUCGAGUGGCGACACAAAAAAAUCCAUAUUUGGAUAAUAGCCAAUAAAUUUUUAAACCACUAAUAAGAAGGAAUUUCUUUGGUUAUUUUUUUUUACAGUGCUGCAUGAAUGAUGGCUACCACAAGCUUCCUUUUGGAGACUCUUUCCAAUGGCAGUGGUGCACGCUUGACUUUGGGUUCUGCCGUCCUUGUCUAUCUGAUCGCCUACAAUGAGACAACAGCACCAUGUGUGGUCUUAGCCACUAUAAUGGCAACAUUAUUUGGUAUCUUGGCAGCUCGUUGUAAAACAAGUUUAAAAACUCUACAAAUUCCCUAUAUACGAGCCAGUAACAAAUUUGAUUUUGGUUGCCUUUUCUUAGCCACCUGGAUGGAUAUGUUGGCUAUAUUGUGUGCUUGUGGCGCACUGGCUCGUACACUUAGCAUGUGUUUGGAUGCCAUGACUGGCGGUCUGGCUCGUAUUAUGAUUUUAGGCCGCAAUUCACCAGCCAACGAACCAUGGCCAGAUGUUUUGGGUGUUGGUGUGGUGUUUUUAGUAACGGGCAUGUUUAUGUUGGGCCUAGAGCACUCAAAGGCUUUUAGCUUUAUAAUGGCUUUGGCCAUGUUUGGUUUAAAUGCCAUUCUAAGUGCAGUCGGCUGGUGGAAUGGUGAUGCUGUUGCCUGGCAUGAAACUAUUUUGCAGCCAAAUGGCUUUAAAAGUUUUUUAACCGCCACAGCUUUACUAACGUUUUCAUUUCCGGCUGACUAUCCUACACAAAGAACCGGAUGGCAAAGAUUUACGGGAUUUUUUCUUAUACUUCUGGUCACAAUAUCACUACUAUUAGCUUCCGGUUGUUUAACCACAAUUUUACAUUACAAAACUGUUGAAGAAUAUGUUGCAGUGCCUCUUUUUCAUAUAUUAGAAGAAAAUAAUUUCCAUAAGUUGGUGCCAGCUGCGGCCUGUAUGUUAAUGCUAACAGUGACCGGAGGUUUUCUGGAACUAUUUCCGGAAUUGUAUCGUAUUAUAGUAAGAUUUGCCACUUCCGAGUGGAGAAUUUUAACCAAACAAAUUGCCUAUGAAAGUUCGGAUAGUGGUAAUCCGGUACUGGCAGUGUUUAUAGCAGGUAGUUUAUGUGCCAUGUUGUCAUUUGCCUGUCCCCUGCAAAAUCUCAGUCAUACCUUGGCGGCAAGUCAUUUGUGUGCGGUCUUCUUUCGAGCGUUCUAUUUGCUUUAUUCGCCCUUUAGACCGAAAUUUAUAUUACAAUCAAACACCGAUUCUACUUUAUCCUAUAGUCGUCUCUCAACCGAACCCAUUAGCCAUAGUUCCUCAGCUUCUCGCUUAAAACGCAGUCUAUGGAAUUUAAGUGUUGGCAAACAGGUGCCCAGUAAAAAGCCCAAAAAUAAACCGAAAAACAAACAAGAAGUCGAAAAGGAAUGGUUACUUUUAGGUGAACCCACUUCGCCCUGUCCCCAAAGGGAACCUAAAGAUGUAGAGUCCACGAUUUUGUCAGAUGGAGAACCACCGCCUUCUGAUUUUGAGUAUCCCGAUAAAUUUGAUAAUUCCGAUUCGGAUACUUCGACCGAUAUCGAUGCAAUUGUCGAUGAGUAUAGACAAAAGGUAAAAGUAACCACUGCUGGUCCGUUGGAUCGUACAGCUCGUGUGCCUACCGUAUCCUCGUGGAGAGUUAGCAUAUUCGCUAUAGUUGUGGUAUUUUUAGGUAUUGCUUUAAGUUUAGCAGGAAUUUAUAUGCAUUGGCCGCCGGCAGCUUUAACGGGGUCUAUAGGUGUCUUUAUUAUUAGUCUCAUGAUGCCUUUAAUACCCAAAUACACCGGCAGCGUUGUAAAUGUCAGUCCUGUUAUUUGCUGUUCGAGCAUAUUUAUCGGUGGUAUUCUUUUCGCUUCAUGUGCUCAGAACUCUUGGCCCGCUAUAGUAUUUUGGAUAUUGGCCGGUCUAAUCAUGCUCAUACGUUGUGAUAAUCUAUGUUGUGCAUGUCUCAAUCAAACUUCCACCAUCAAUGAACAACUAAUACCCAGUGUUUCGGCCAAGACAACAACCACAACAACAACCAUACGUAUGCCUAGACCACCUAAAGGUAUUGUUACCAUACCCACACGAGUCAAUGCACCCAGAUGACAAUCCGAGUCCUCGGAGGGUGAAGAUUUGUUCAAUGAGGACUUUAAUAUACGUGAUUUCGAAGAAGAUGAUGACGAAAAUAAUGACUGUUGGACGGAGUAGUAAAGUGAAAAUGGAAAGAAAAGUAUUAAAUAUUGAACCCAUAAAAGGUGUUAUGCAAGUGAUUUUUAAAAUGCUUUAAAGUUUUGCCUCAGCAUACAACAAACAUACUAAAAACCAAAAAAAAAACUAAGUAAUUAAUUGCCAGAAUCGAAGAAAAAACCAACCAAACUUUUUUGACUAUAUUUAAAACUUAAUUAGACGAAAUUUUUAUGAUCAAUUUUAUCUCAAUUAUAUUGCAAAUAAUUAAAUUUAAAACUAUUUCGAUUUAAGAUUUAAUAAACAAAAAAUACAAUUUAACGAUUUUGUACAGGCUUACCAUUUUUUAGAUAAUAAGACAUUUAUUAAAGUUAUAUACUUACAUAUAUAUAAAGUGAAAGGAGAGAGGAGUAUUGUUAAUGAAAAAUAAACGAAAAAUUCUUAAAAAUAAAAAA